CUAUGUAUGUGGGAUCUUACACAUAAAGAUCCUGUUUAUUCGGUUCAAAUAGAGACGGGUCUAAUUUGCAAAAGCUUCCAUUUUUAAACCCAAACAGCCAAAUCGAAAUACCGGGGUCUCAUGUAAGAGAAACGAAAUCGGAGAGGCCUGAAGCACCCCAAUUAGAACGAUCCUCUGUUUCCUCUUCCUCCAAUUUUGCUAAUUAUCGACUGGACUAACCAAUUUCAGUUGAUAAUCGAAUUUCAUGGCGGAUUCUUCCGGAACCACGUUGAUGGAUCUCAUUAGUUCAGAUCCUACAUCGGUACCUCCACCCUCUUCCACGCCAGCGCAGGCUUCAACGGCGUCGCAUCAGCGGUCUGCAAGCCCGUUUAGUAAACCGGUUGCGGCACCGACAACUACUGACCGCAAGUCUAAGAGAUCGACUUUGAUGCAGAUCCAAAGCGAUGCGGUUUCUGCUGCCAGAGCCGCUGUUCGUAUACCCCAUAAACACAAGAAAAAGCCGGUUUCUUAUGCACAACUUGCAAGGAGUAUCCAUGAAUUGGCGGCUUCAUCAGACCAAAAAAAGUCCCAGAGACAGUUGGUGCAUCAUGUGUUCCCGAAACUUGCAGUGUAUAACUCUGUUGAUCCGUCUCUUGCACCUUCUCUUCUUAUGCUUGGUCAGCAAUGUGAGGAUAGGACUAUUCUACGUUAUGUUUAUUAUUACUUAGCAAGAAUAUUGCCGGAUACUGGAGCACAAGGUCUAACUCCGGGUGGUGGGAUUCCUACCCCUAAUUGGGAUGCUUUAGCUGACAUUGAUGCUGUUGGUGGAGUCACAAGAGCAGAUGUUGUACCUCGAAUACUAGAUCGACUUUCUUCAGAGGCCUUAAAUCCUGAUAUUGAAUUUCAUGCACGAAGGCUUCAAGCACUGAAGGCUCUUACUUAUGCUUCAAACAGUUCUGAGAUUUUGCAAAAAUUGUACGAAAUUGUCUUUGGCAUUCUUGAUAAGGUUGCUGAUACACCAGAUAAACGUAAGAAAGGCAUAUUUGGGGCAAAAGGUGGUGAUAAAGAGUCUAUAAUUCGAAGUAAUCUCCAAUAUGCUGCCAUAAGUGCUUUGAGAAGACUUCCCUUGGAUCCAGGAAAUCCAAUAUUUCUUCAUCGCGCAGUUCAGGGUGUUUCAUUUGCUGAUCCGGUGGCCGUUAGACAUUCUUUGGAGAUCAUCUCUCAUCUAGCUACCAAGGAUCCGUAUGCUGUUGCAAUGGCUUUAGGGAAGCUUGCACAGCCUGGUGGAGCUCUACAGGAUGUUUUGCAUUUACAUGAUGUGCUUGCUAGAGUUGCUCUGGCCAGAUUGUGCCAUGCAAUAUCUAGAGCCAAGUCACUGGAUGAAAGGCCAGACAUUAAAUCCCAGUUUACCGCUUUGCUGUAUCAACUCCUCCUUGACCCCAGUGACAGAGUUUGUUUUGAGGCUAUCCUUUGUGUACUGGGGAAAUCCGACACUGCUGACAGAACUGAAGAACGAGCUCUCGGGUGGUAUCGUCUAACAAGAGAAGUUCUCAAGGCCCCUGAAGCACCUUCUGUGAAGGACAAGGAUAAAUCUUCAAAGACGCGACGCCCACAACUCCUCAUCAAACUUGUUAUGAGAAGAUUGGAAAGUUCGUUUCGUAGUUUUUCCCGGCCUGUACUUCAUGCAGCAGCCAGAAUCGUGCAGGAGAUGGGGAAAAGUCGUGCUGCUGCUUUUGCUUUGGGUCUACAUGACAUUGAUGAAGGAGGAGAUGUUAAUACAUUUGCUGAAAACAAUGAGCAGGAAGAUGGGAAAUCUCAACUUGAAGGUCUUCGACGCAUUCCUUCUAUGUCAAAUGGGGCAGGUAACAAGGAGACAGUUGCAAGUCUAUUGGCCUCUUUAAUGGAGGUGGUGCGUACAACUGUGGCAUGCGAAUGUGUUUAUGUUCGUGCAAUGGUGAUUAAAGCACUGAUAUGGAUGCAAAGCCCACAAGAAACUUUUGCUGAGCUAGAAUCAAUGAUUGCAUCUGAGCUCUCUGAUCCUGCUUGGUCAGCCGCUUUGUUAAAUGAUAUUUUGCUCACUUUACAUGCUCGUUUCAAGGCUACUCCAGAUAUGGCGGUUACUCUACUUGAAAUUGCAAGAGUGUUUGCUACUAAAGUCCCUGGAAAAAUUGAUGCUGAUGUGCUGCAACUACUAUGGAAGACAUGCCUGGUUGGAGCUGGUCCUGAUGGCAAACAUACAGCUCUAGAAGCUGUCACGAUAGUUCUUGAUCUGCCACCUCCACAACCUGGUUCUAUGUCUGGGCUUACAUCAAUUGAUAGGGUAUUUGCAUCUGAUCCAAAGUCGGCCUUGGCUUUACAGAGGCUAGUCCAAGCAGCGGUGUGGUUCCUUGGUGAAAAUGCAAAUUAUGCUGCAACUGAGUAUGCAUGGGAAUCAGCAACCCCUCCUGGGACUGCACUGAUGAUGUUAGAUGCAGAUAAAAUGGUUGCAGCUGCUAGUUCUCGCAAUCCAACUCUAGCUAAUGCUCUCACUCGACUGCAGCGAUGUGCUUUCAUUGGCAGCUGGGAGGUUCGUAUCAUUGCUGCCCAGGCUCUUACUACCAUGGCAAUUAGAUCGGGUGAGCCUUAUAGGAUACAGAUCUAUGAAUUUUUACAUGCUCUAGCAGAAGGGGGCGUGCAGUCUCAGUUUUCAGAUAUGCAUAUUAGUAAUGGGGAAGAUCAAGGAGCUAGCGGUACUGGUCUUGGAUCUUUGCUUAGUCCAAUGCUGAAAGUCCUGGAUGACAUGUAUAGUGCACAAGAUGAUCUGAUAAAAGAAAUGCGCAACCAUGAUAAUGCCAAAAAAGAGUGGACUGAUGAAGAACUAAAGAAGCUAUACGAGACACAUGAAAGGCUUCUAGAUCUUGUUUCACUAUUCUGUUAUGUUCCAAGAUCAAAGUAUCUACCUCUAGGGCCAACAAGUGCAAAACUUAUUGACAUCUAUCGCAAUCGGCAUAAUAUUACUGCAUCAACUGGCAUGAGAGAUCCUGCUGUUGCUACAGGGAUUUCUGAACUCAUAUAUGAAGCCACUAAACCUGCACCUGCAGAGCCUGACAAUAUUGAUGACGAUCUGGUAAAUGCCUGGGCAACCGGUCUUGCUGAUGAUGGUUUAUGGGGAAACAAUGCUCCUGCAAUGAAUAGGGUUAACGAGUUUCUUGCUGGUGCUGGUACCGAUGCACCUGAUGUUGAUGAGAACAUUAUUUCUAGACCUUCCAUGAGUUAUGAUGAUAUGUGGGCAAAAACUCUUUUAGAGACUGCAGAAGUUGACGACGAUGAUGGGAGGUCUUCUGGAUCUUCUUCUCCUGAUUCAGUAGGGUCAGUUGAGACGUCAAUUUCGUCUCACUUUGGAGGAAUGACUUAUCCGUCAUUGUUCAGUUCCAAACCAUCUACUUAUGGGUCUUCACAACCAACGGAGAAGUCAAGUAGUACGAGUCGGCAGAGGAAGGCUUCUGCUGGUUCCUCGUCUUAUGAGGGUUAUGGUUCUCCGAUUAGCGAAGAGCCUCCUCCAUACUCAUCACCUGUCCACCACCAAAGAUACGAGUCAUUUGAGAACCCGUUAGCUGGGCAGGGGUCAAGUAGCUUUGAUUCUCAUGAAGAAGAACGAGGGAAUUCGCAAUCUGGAUCAGCGCUUUAUGACUUCACUGCUGGUGGUGAUGAUGAGUUGAACUUAACUGCUGGAGAAGAGGUGGAAAUCGAGUACGAAGUUGAUGGGUGGUUCUAUGUGAAGAAAAAACGGCCUGGUCGGGAUGGGAAAAUGGCCGGGCUGGUUCCUGUUCUGUAUGUUAGCCAGUCUUGAAUGAAAACUUUGGUAGGUAAUUCUUGAGAUGUAGCUGUAUAAUAUAUAUGUGUGUGAUUUCAACAUAUUGGUGAUGUGCAAUUGAUUUUUGAAUUACGAGUUCGAUCUUUGUGCAAAAAAGGCAGACGUUCGAUUUGGCAUUGGAUUGAAGGAUUUAGGUUUCAGUCAUUGCUCGAUUCAUGUACAAGGCUUUCGUGUUAUGAUUUUUGUAUUGAUUU